UAGCUUAAACCCACCAUAGCACGCCUAUUUCCUAGUACGUAUACCUGCUCACCCAUAAUUGAGAUGCUAUUCUUAUCCCAAUUAAUUAUUAUAUAUUGAUCAAAUCGAAACACAAAAAAUGACAUGAACAUUUUUUUGUCUUACACGCCUUUAUUUAUUUGUCGAAUGGAUUAGGUGGGUUACAACCUCUAUGACUAGUGUAGUAGUAUUAUAGCAGCCCUUUUUGACAAAGAGAGUCGUAUUUAUUCAAUCAGUGACAGUUACAAAAUACACUUAAUUGAGUGUUCAAUUUGAAGGAGAAUAAGAAGAAAAUCAGAUAUGGAGGGAAAGCGAAUUGAUGGGAAAUUAGAUUCAAGUUCCGAUGACGCAAUUUCACAUUUGUCUAUCGACAUUGGAGGCUCCCUCAUCAAGAUUGUAUACUUUUCAACCAACAGUAAAUGCAUCACUAAUGAUGAGGCACCAGCGAUCUCAAAAGAAAGGCAGGAAGUUCCUAAUGGAGACCUUAACCAUCACAUUCUAAGUGGCAGGCUUUAUUUCGUGAAGUUCGAGACUAGCAAGAUUGAGGACUGCAUAAAAUUUUUGUCUUUCAAGAAACUGCAACAGUGUGGUGCUCAAUGUCAUCAUUCUCAUGCUGUUGACAAGAUCAAGAUUAAGGCAACAGGUGGUGGAGCUUUCAAAUUUGCCGAUCUAUUCAGAGAUAAACUUGGCAUAACUCUGGACAAGGUAGAGGAAAUGGAGUCUCUUGUUGCUGGAGCAAAUUUUCUGCUUAAGGCUGUCAACAAUGAAGCUUAUACAUAUAUUGGAGGUCAAAAGGAGUACGUGCAGAUUGAUCAGAAUGAUCUAUAUCCUUACCUCCUUGUCAACAUUGGCUCUGGGGUUAGCAUGAUAAAGGUAGAUGGAGAUGGGAAAUUUCAGAGAGUUAGUGGAACUAGCGUCGGUGGUGGCACUUUCUUGGGCCUAGGAAAACUUUUGACUAAAUGCCAAAGUUUUGAUGAGUUGCUGGAAUUGAGCCAUCAAGGAAACAACAGAGUGGUAGACAUGCUCGUUGGAGAUAUUUAUGGGGGAUUGGACUAUUCAAAGAUCGGCCUCACAUCAACAGCCAUUGCCUCUAGCUUCGGUAAGGCGAUCUCAGAAAACAAAGAGCUCGAAGACUACAAACCAGAAGACAUUGCCCGGUCCCUCCUAAGGAUGAUCUCAAAUAACAUUGGCCAGAUUGCAUACCUGAAUGCUCUUCGUUUUGGGCUCAAGCGCAUCUUUUUGGGAGGAUUCUUCAUCCGUGACCAUGCUUAUACAAUGGACACAAUCUCCGUUGCAGUUGAUUUCUGGUCGAAGGGUGAGGCAAAAGCAAUGUUCUUGCGGCAUGAGGGGUUUCUUGGAGCCCUUGGAGCUUUCAUGAACUACAAAGAUGGAAAUGCUGAAUUGGUGCCCCCUCAAUUACUGGAGCAACAAUCCCCAAAGAGUUCAAGUUGCAUAGUAGAUAGGAUUCAUAACUCUACGCGUGUGCAAGAAAAUGAAAAUGGUGCCAUAGAUUGUAGAUUGCGAGUUAGUAGCUCAUUUAAAAUUUAUGAUGAGGUCAAAAGGUGUUGACCUAAGACAACCAUAUGUACAAAAAAGAGGAUGUCAAAGGAAGCUGUUGUUUCUGGUCCUAUUCAAGUGGUUAGACUGUGAAAAUGUGAAAGGGCUAGCAACAAAUUUCAGAUUUAUAUAUGUGCAUAUAUAUGUAUUUGUGCUUCAAUUGGGAAUGAAGUUUGAUACCUUACCCAGA